AUGCGCGUGUGGUUGAUGGUGACCCUUCAGGCAGCUUGGCUGUGUUUUUUCGGACUGGCCAUGCAGCACUACCCCACCACAUGGGGCCACUAUGACAUGUGCAAGUCGCAGGUUUACACGGACAGUGGACUCACCUGGGAUUACAUGGCCUGCCAGCCCGAGGCUGCCGACAUGACCCAGUACCUCAAGGUGACCCUCGACCCUCCAGACAUCACCUGUGGAGACCCGCCUGAGACCUAUUGCGCCCUGGAAAACCCAUACAUGUGCAACAAUGAGUGUGAUGCAUCCACAGAGGAACUUGCUCACCCUCCAGAACUCAUGUUUGACUUCGAGGGUCGCAACCCCACCACCUUCUGGCAGUCCUCUUCUUGGAGGAAGUACCCUAAACCCUUGGCAGUGAACAUCACACUAUCCUGGAACAAGACCAUCGAGCUGACAGAUGACAUCAUUAUCACGUUUGAGUCAGGCCGUCCUGAACAGAUGGUGCUGGAAAAGUCACUGGAUUAUGGGAAGACAUGGCAGCCAUACCAGUUCUAUGCCACUGACUGCUUGGAUGCCUUCACCAUGGAGCCAAAGACAGUGCAGGACCUGUCCCAGUUCACACUGCUGGACAUCAUCUGUACGGAAGAGUAUUCACGUGGCUAUGUGUGGAAGUAUGACAAGACUGUGCGCUUUGAAAUCAAGGACCGCUUUGCCCUGUUUGCUGGACCACGUCUCCACAACAUGGCAUCAUUAUAUGGCCAACUGGACACCACAAAGAACCUGCGAGACUUCUUUACCAUCACCGACCUGCGCAUCCGGCUCCUCCGACCUGCCACUGGGGCCACCAUGGUCGAUGAGGGCAACCUGUCCAGAUACUUCUAUGCUAUCUCUGACAUCAAGGUGCAUGGCAGGUGUAAGUGUAAUCUGCAUGCAAACAGCUGUGUGUUUGAUAAAGAGAAGCUGAGCUGCGAGUGUGAGCACAACACCACGGGGCCCGACUGCGGACGCUGCAAGAGGAGCUACCAGGGCCGAGCCUGGAGCGCAGGGAGCUACCUGCCUAUACCUAAAGGCACAGCUAAUAUCUGGCAGAGGGUCCGGCAGAAUGUUUCAUCUCUAGGUGUUGCUAACCGAAAUCAAGUAGCUCCUCAGGUUGAUUUGCCCACCGUGUCCUCCGUUCAGAGAGACUGCGAGUGUUUCAGCCACUCGAACCGCUGCAGCUACAUCGAGCUGUUAAACACGGUGAUUUGCGUGAGCUGUAAGCACAACACUAGGGGGCAGCACUGUCAGUACUGCAAGCUGGGCUUCUACCGCAAUGCUUCGGCCGAGCUCGACGAUGAGAAUGUGUGUAUAGACUGUAAUUGUAAUCCGUUGGGCUCAGAGAGUGCCCGCUGUAAUGGCACUGGGUUCUGUAAGUGUAAGAGCGGAGCGACAGGCAGUAAGUGUCACCGGUGUCUGCCUGGAUAUUUAUGGGACAAUGGCUGCAAAUCCCGAGUGUGUGACGACGAGCUGCUGCGCUGCCAGAACGGCGGUGUGUGUGUGAACAACGUGAGGUGUCAGUGUGCCCUGGGAUACUCAGGCCUGCUGUGUGAGAAGGUUCACUGCGACAGUGAAGCCAGCUGCAGCUCGUCUGAUUCGGCUCAGACCUCCAUCCCGUCCUCCAUCAUCAUCAUCCUGCUGCUGCUGCUACAUUCUGCCUGCGCUUUAACCCUCUGAGAAACACACACACACACACGUGCACACAAUACACAUGGCUUUUACCAUACAAGCAAAUUCACACACACACACACACACACACACACACACACACACACACACACACACACAAUGCUGAUCAUCAGAUCAUCAGAAAUCAGAGCAAAACCUUAAUUUGAAAGGACAAUAAAUAAAUAUAUAAAUAUAUAUGUAUACAAAAUUAAAAAAAAAUAUUACAAAUCUAUUUAAAAAAAAGAAUCACGAGAUGUUAUUUAGAGAAUUUAUCCAAGCAUUGCUUCAUAAAAGCGUCAGCGUGAAGGAAUAUGGUGGACUAAGCCAUAGCAGAAACUCAAACUCGCCCUCCUCCUCCUCCUCCUCCAGCCUGCAUCUCCCCACCAAGAGCAAACAGGAAGUGGUUGCUACUUUCUCUUUAUCGCCACGGUAACUUGGGAUCAAGAUGGCGAACGCCUGCAACUUUGGACAACUUUGGACUGCUUUUUGGCUUUCCUCACAUGGAGAAUGUGUCCAGAUCACGUGGACUAUUUACAAAAUUGUGAGAAAAAAAAAAUUACAAUCAAAUAAAAAUAAAUCAAGACUCAUGACAAGAAAAAAAAAAAUCAUAAACAUUUUUUGCUGUCAGUGCAUUGUGGAGAUCAGACUGAGCUGCGUUUAAAGGAAGUCCAUCAUUUUCCACUCGUAUUUCGUGAAAAAGCCUCGACGAUCACUUUUUUCCCAUUUCGUUUGUUUGUUUGUUUGUUUAUUUUUUUAUUAGUAUUAUUUUAUCGUCUGAUGUUGGUGUCAGUGCGGCACUUGUGUAUUACAUAGCUGUCCCUAGAAUAUAAAUAAAUCCAUGAAGAAGUGCUUAAAAAAAUCAUCAGCGUAUUUAAUUUUUGU